AUGUCUGAACCACUUUCCAACAACGGAGGCGCUCCAUCUGGGUUCGAUCUUGCCGACACGGUCAGAACUCUGGCCUCGUCUUCAACUUCGGCCCGUGUGGCGCGGCUCCUGUCUCUUGACGAGACGAUUGCACAUUACAAGCUCGAUCAAGACGACACACAAACUGUCCUUCAGUCCCUCCUCGCUACCGUUCCGAUUUACCAAGACCGCGAAUCGAGAUUAGCCGUGCAGCGAUGCCUGAUAUCCCUCGCUACUGCGAAGGCAGAAGCCAAUAGUCUUGGCUCCAUUGUCCAAGCUGUCCAUGAAGAGAGCCAGAAGCAAGCAAUUGCUACAUCGACCGCGUUUGUCUGGGUUGAAUGGUGCAGCGUUCUCAUGCAGCAUCUCGCCGGGACUCACGAAUGGGAGACUUUCGGAGAAGGCAUUCUCCUUUCAGACGCCGGAGUAUUGGAGAAAUGCCUUCAACAUCCGUUAAAGCAUGGUAUUGCUCGAUCGGCUCUAGUUGUAACCCGACGUGCAUUUCGAAAGCUCUUUGGCAUGCCUAACACUGGCAAAAAAGCUCUGGAAGCUGCCAUCAAAGUCUUGACUUCAAAGCAAACACAGCCUACAGCCAAGCAUUCCUUGAUACUGGGCGUCAUUGCUGGAGUGUGCGCUCGCUCUCCUCUGCUGAAAACAAUGUUUGCUCCAUUGAAGUCGAGUUACUACGAGUUUUAUACUAGAGAGGUGAUCGGUUCGCGCGUAACCAUACCCAUCCACAUUGCUGAUGGCCUAGGCGACUUCUUCGCCGCGUUUGCGACUCGAGAAGAGCUCAACGCAGAAAUUAUGCCAAACAUUGAGAAGGGACUGCUGCGGUCCCCAGAAAUCAUACUGACGGGCGUCUUGAAACCGCUCAUCAGCUCACUUCCGAAAGAGCUCGAUAUGACGGAAACUCUAGAAAAGAGUCUUCUCAAGCCAAUUACCUCAAACCUCAAAUCGACGAAUGCAUCAAUUCGAGACGCUUCCGUCAGCGUCUUUUGCGUUGCAAUUACGCAUUGUCAAGACCAGAAAGGCAUCGACCGCAUAAUACAAGAAAUUUCCAGCCCCUUGAAAGCGGGCAAGGUUGCUUCUGCCGACCACCGCAUCCUCUACGCCUCUAUGCUUGAGAGUAUUCCGCUGUCCGCCACUGCCUCGGAAGCUGUUUCUACGGCCCUUGCAGCUGUCGCGUCAAAAGAGGGCAACGAGGCAGCGCUCUCUGCUGAGCUUCGAGCUCUAGGCAGAGCAGUUGCUUUCAUAUUGAAAAGUGAUAGCACUGUUCCUACAGCUAUCCAGGAGGCAUUAGCAAAGGGUCUUGCAGACAAAAAGGCGCCCGUCAGAAAGCUGUGGAUCUUGACUGCAGGGCAGGUCUUGUGGAGCAACAUUGAUGCUCCAUCAGUAAACAACUCCAUUUCAUGCGUUGAAGCCAUUAUACCGAAGCUAGUAACUACUCUUGAAGAGGUUGCGUUGAAUCCUGCAACGGCUGCGCAGAGUGGAUUGAUAGUCGGUGCUUACGUUCUCAUGGCUCUGCAUGAUAGGCUCAAACGUCAAUAUCAGGAUUCCAAUGUGGCACAACUCUUGGCCAAAGCAGACAUAACCGACAGAGCUCUCAAUGUCACAGACAAGCAUCCGAUUUUAUUAAGCGCGAGAGUUUAUAACAAGUCCACUACCGAGGAAGAUCUAACAUGGCUCCUCCGCGCUCUCUCUGCAUCAUCGGAACACCUCACGGCCGAAACAAGUGAAGCUACCCCACUUGCAUGGGCCGAAGCCAUUGCAUACCUCAUUUCUGGUCCUUCUGUUGGACCCGUCGUGCAGAGGAGCGCUGCGCAGGCUCUGUCAAAACUGUACGCAGAAAGACCCGGCGUUAUUUCUGACUUUAUUGUCGAUGGGUUGUGGAAUGUCCUUGGCCAGCUACAUAAUAGCGAGAAAGAGGUGAAGCAGGAAAGCCCAAAUUUUGGCAAAGUGCUUCGAUCGAUAUCCUUGGAUCCCAUAGAUAUGCCAAAGAAGGAUGAUCCGGAAAUCAAAGACCAAUUGGAAGAGCAAGCAUGCUCAAUGAUUGUUUUGGCGCGACCAGAACUUGUUCCAAACUCCAAUUGGAUCGAUACCGUUAUUCGAAUGGGAAUUGAUCCUGGCGAAUUGGCGCGCAGACAUCGUGAUACUCUGAUAGGAGAGAUCGGAGCCAGAACUGCACCGGAGCAGCCUGCAACUGUUAAGCAAGCGGCAUACAAUGCCGCGGCCGAGCUCGCAUUUGUCGCCCCGCAUGUAGUUGUUCCUCGACUGCUGGAGCUGAUUGGGCGAGAUUUGAACUCUGACAGCCUUCGCUCUAUUGGCCCGCUCGAGAUGGCCAUUUCGCGAACACCCGAAGGGACAUACUUUGUGGAUAUCCUAGGGAAGAAGGCGAAGAGCGCUGCACCAAGCAAGAAAAGCGCAGCGGGUGAUAUAGCUGACUGGGAGCAAGACGCGCGAAGGCAAAUUGAGCAAAGAAAGACCCAGAGCAAGAAACUCUCGGCAGAAGAGGCGUCGAAAGUAAAUGCUCAGUUGAAGAAAGAAACUGGCGUCCGGGAAUCGGUUCGAGAGCUGCAAGCCAGGAUCAACCGCGGCAUUGGUAUUAUCGAAGCACUGGCUACUGGGCCCCCAACAGAUGCUACUUUGUGGCUUGGCCAGUCUGUCAAGCUUUUGCUUGGUGCUAUUGAGGAAGGCGCUUCUUUCGUCGUUGGAGAGGUCGUCGCAACAGCCUUCUUGAAGUGCUCUGAGAAAAUCUCCGUAAGACUCGGAGCCAUGCGGCCUUUCAUUGGUGCUGCUACGCUGCGACUCCACGAGGUGGCCUUGCCAGAAAGCUAUUGUGAAGAGUCCCUCGAGGAUCUCGUAACAAGAACCCUUUACCGACUCAGAUUUGCCGGUGAGCAACGGCCCUUCGACGUUGCUACACUCACCUACGUGUUGCCUCUUCUCUUGAAUAUUUUACGCACUGGUGGCGUUGGCGUAACAGAUGAUGAUCGCGACGCUCAAGUUGUCCUGGCUGUGGAAGUCAUUUCUUUCCACACUGAUGUUUGCGUGGAUGAAUCUCUGCCGCGUGCCGAGGUUAUUACGACUUUGGUGAAUGCAAUGCAACGGUACACGCAACACUACAAGAUCAUCAAAGACUGUUUUGCAGAUAUCUGCCGCUGCAUUGCUCCCAACAUCAGCCAGGAUGAGAUGCGUGUGCUGGCCAAGGGAUCGACUGUUCCCUCCGGUACAGUCCGUACAACUAUCUUGCAGUCAAUCAGUGCAGAUGUUGACAUGACUGAAUUGCAAUAUUCCGCUGAGAUAUGGCUAGCAUGCCACGAUGACCUGGAAGAAAACAGAGAGCUUGGCCGCGAGAUUUGGGAAGAAAGCGAUUUCGCGAUUAAGGAAUUUGCUAUUGCUACUUUGGUGCCCUACUUGGAGAGCAAAGAUGCACAGUUGCGCAGAGCAGCCGCCCGAUCGCUUGCUGAAGCAGCCGCCUUACAGAAGAGCUCUAUUGAACCUCUACUGUCGCAGCUGAAGACAUCGUACAUCGAUCUUGCCAGGCCACGAGCGCAGAAGCUUGAUGAAUAUGGCAUUCCUAUCAAGAUGGAUCUGUCUGAUCCCUGGGAAGCCAGACAGGGCAUUGCCACUACAUUUAAAGAGCUAUCUUCUGUGCUCAGCAAUACGCAGCUGGAAGCGCUCUUUGUUUAUCUCAUAGAGUCUGGCCCCUUUGCCGAUGUUAACAGCAAUGUGCGUGGCGAAAUGUUGGACGCUGCUCUACGGGCUAUUGAUACCCACGGCAAGGCCAUGGUUGAGAAUCUGAUGAAGCGAUUCGAGGCGACUCUCGAGAAUGGAGACAAGAGCAGUGACGCCGCGGAUCGAUUGAGCGAAGCCGUCAUUAUUUGUUACGGUGCGCUUGCAAGCCAUCUUCGACCCGGAGAUGCCAAGAUUCCGAUUGUCAUCCAGCGCCUCUUGGCCACACUUAGCACACCGUCCGAGACCGUGCAAUUUGCAAUUGCGGAAUGCCUCCCUCCACUCAUCAAAGCAUGCCCUGAGAGGACAUCCAAAUACAUCGAGCAAAUUAUGGACGAGCUUCUCAACUCAAAGCAAUACGCGGUGCAGAGAGGAGCAGCGUAUGGCUUGGCCGGUGCUGUUCAAGGCCGAGGAAUCGGAUCGCUCCGUGAGUAUCGCAUCAUAUCUAAUCUCAACGCAGCGAUGGACAACAAAAAGGACGCACAGCAAAGAGAAGCGGCACUUAUUGCAUUCGAGCUUCUUUCAACCAUUCUUGGAAAAUUAUUCGAGCCAUAUGUCAUCCAAAUUGUCCCCCAGCUUCUAGGCGGAUUUGGUGACAGCAAUGGAGAUGUUCGCGAUGCCUGCUUGGCGGCUGCGAAAGCUUGCUUUGGCAAACUUAGCUCUUAUGGUGUCAAGAAGAUCAUGCCGACGCUUCUCAACGGCCUUGACGAUCAGCAAUGGAGAAGUAAGCGCGGCGCUUGCGAUUUGCUUGGCGCAAUGGCCUAUCUUGAUCCGAACCAGCUCGCUACUAGCUUGCCGGACAUUAUCCCCCCUCUUACUGGUGUGUUAAACGACAGCCACAAGGAAGUACGUGCAGCGGCAAACCGGAGUUUGAAGCGAUUUGGUGAGGUGAUCAACAACCCCGAAAUCAAGAGCUUGGUUGAUAUUCUCCUGAAAGCUUUGAGCGACCCUACCAAAUACACUGACGAAGCUCUUGAUUCCCUCAUCAAAGUACAGUUCGUGCAUUAUCUAGAUGCACCUUCUCUCGCUCUGGUAACAAGGAUACUCCAGAGAGGCCUUGGCGACCGCUCCAACACCAAGCGCAAAGCUGCCCAGGUUAUCGGCAGUCUGGCUCAUUUGACCGAGAAGAAAGAUAUCAUUGUACACCUUCCCAUUCUGGUUGCCGGCCUGAAAGUUGCUGCAGUUGACCCCGUCCCCACAACAAGAGCGACGGCUUCCAGAGCAUUGGGCUCACUCGUUGAGAAGCUCGGAGAGGAUGCUCUUCCUGAUCUUAUUCCUGGCUUGAUGCAGACACUGAAGUCUGAUACUGGUGCUGGCGACCGCCUUGGCUCUGCUCAAGCUCUAAGUGAAGUUCUGGCUGGGCUUGGAACAACAAGACUGGAGGAGACACUGCCUACAAUCUUGCAAAAUGUCGACUCUUCUAAGGCGGCUGUCAGAGAAGGGUUCAUGUCUCUCUUCAUAUUCCUUCCUGUUUGCUUUGGCAAUAGUUUUGCCAACUACCUGGGCCGUAUCGUUCCACCCAUUCUUGCUGGCCUCGCUGACGAUGUCGAGUCAAUUCGAGAUACCGCUCUGCGCGCUGGCCGCCUUUUGGUCAAAAAUUUUGCGGUCCGCGCUGUCGACCUUCUCUUGCCAGAGCUGGAACGUGGCUUGGCGGAUGAUAGCUACAGAAUUCGAUUGAGCUCGGUCGAGCUUGUUGGAGAUCUACUAUUCAACCUCACUGGUAUCAAGGCCAAUACUGAAUUCGAUGAAGCUGAUGACGAAGCUAUCAAGGAAGCGGGAGCAUCGCUCAAGGAGGCUUUAGGAGAAGAAAAGCGCAACAAGAUUCUCUCCGCGCUUUAUGUUUGCCGCUGCGAUACUUCUGGUGCUGUGCGGUCUGCUGCCAUCUCUGUCUGGAAGGCGUUGGUACACAGCCCUAAAACUCUGAAAGAACUGGUGCCGACUUUGAUCCACCUAAUUAUUCGACGCCUGGGCAGUUCCAACAUGGAACACAAAGUUAUUGCCAGCAAUGCCCUGGGCGAGUUGAUUCGAAAGGCUGGAGAUGGCGUUCUUGCAAGCUUGCUGCCAACGUUGGACGAGAGCCUCCAGACGUCUACUGACUCGGAUGCCAAGCAAGGCAUUUGUCUGGCACUCAGGGAACUCAUCUCUUCCGCUACACCUGAGGCACUAGAAGAGCAUGACAAGACGCUUAUUGCCGUUGUGCGAACCGCGCUCAUCGAUUCUGAUGACGAAGUGCGAGAAGCCGCCGCCGAGGCAUUUGACUCUCUACAGAAUAUUUUCGGCAAGCGUGCUGUUGACCAAGUUCUGCCAUACCUGCUCAACCUGCUUCGCUCAGAGAGCGAAGCAGACAACGCUCUCUCUGCGUUGUUGACACUCUUGACGGACACGACCAGAUCAAAUAUCAUCCUGCCAAACCUCAUCCCAACGCUGACAAGUCCACCAAUUUCAGCAUUCGACGCAAAGGCCUUGGCAUCGCUCUCGCGUGUCGCUGGUACAGCUAUGAACCGCAGACUGCCCAAUAUCAUAACAUCUUUGCUUGAAAAUGAGAUCAACUGCAGAGACGACGAUUUGCGUUGUGACUUAGAGAAGUCGUUCGAUACUGUCGUGCAGUCUAUUGACGAAUAUGAUGGACUGAACACUGUUAUGAACGUUCUUCUGGGUCUUCUCAAGCACGAUGAUCACCAGUGGCGUGCUGCAACAGCCCGCCACAUGACAAGCUUCUUCGCUGCAUCUACGGUUGAGUACUCGAGAUAUAACCAAGACAUCAUUCGUUCGUUGCUCAAUUCCUUCGACGAUAGCGAUGCUACAGUCGUAAAGGCCUCGUGGGCCGCCCUGAGCGAAUUUACCAAGAAGCUGAAGAAGGAAGAAAUGGAAUCUCUUGUUCCCUCGACUCGGCAGACCCUGCAGCGUGUCGGAGUUGCUGGAGCAAACCUGCGAGGAUUCGAACUCCCCAAGGGCAUCAACGCUAUCCUGCCGAUUUUCCUACAAGGCUUAAUGAACGGUACCGCGGAUCAGCGAGUGCAUGCUGCUCUGGGUAUUUCGGAUAUCGUUGACCGUACCAGCGAAGCUAGCUUGAAGCCAUUUGUCACACAAAUCACUGGUCCGCUUAUUCGUGUCGUUUCUGAACGGUCGACCGACGUUAAGUCUGCUAUUUUGUUGACGCUCAACAAUCUGCUGGAGAAGAUGCCCACUGCUUUGAAACCAUUCUUACCUCAACUGCAAAGAACAUUUGCCAAGUCCUUGGCUGACGGGUCAAGCGAGGUUCUGCGCACAAGAGCCGCCAAGGCACUCGGAACUUUGAUCAAGUAUACUCCGCGAAUCGACCCUCUCAUCGCGGAACUAGUUACUGGGUCCAAGACUACAGAUUCCGGCGUCAAGAAGGCAAUGCUCAAAGCAUUGUACGAGGUUAUCAGCAGAGCAGGCGCGAACAUGGGUCAAGCUUCGCGCACCGCUAUCCUGUCAUUGAUUGAUGGUGAUGUUGACGAAGCCGAUGCUUCCAUGACAAUUACCAACGCACAACUUCUUGGCGCUUUAAUCAAGAAUGUACCCGAGGAAGCUGCAACAGGCUUACUACGCAACCGUGUGGUCACGUCAAACUUCAAUCUGUCCUCGGCACUUGCGUUGAAUGCCGUCUUGGUCGAGUCUCCGAAAGUAUUAGCUCAGAGUGCCAUGGCGGAGGAACUCCCUGACCUCCUAUGCAAAGGCAUGACUGCCAAGCCAACCUUUGUUGGAGACAAUUACAUCUUGGCGGCUGGUAAAUUGCUACUCUCCUCGCCUCCCAAGAACUUUGACGCGACAAAGAGUAUCUUUGAGAGACUUUCAGAUAUUAUCCAGCCGGGCUCCCCUGCAGAUUCUCGGAGACUGGCCUUGGUCAUCAUUCGCACGGUGAGCCGAACAAACAUGGAGCUCGUUCGUCCUCAUGUGCCACUGCUGGCUCCACCGGUAUUUUCCAGCGUGCGAGACCUUGUAAUUCCCGUCAAGCUGGCUGCUGAGGCGGCCUUUGUGGAGCUCUUCAGCGUUGUCGAGGAGGAGAGCAGGAUUUUUGACAAGUAUAUGGCUGGACCCGGAGCAGACCUGCCAGCAAAUGCGAAGAGAAGCAUGUCUGACUACUUCAAGCGAGUUGCAACGCGCCUGGGCAGUCAAGCUCGUGAAAGAAGAGAGGCUGAAGGCGGACAAGGCGGUCUAGGCCUUUCCAAUGACGAGCAAGACGACGAGCGUGAAAUCUGGAGUGUUGGACAGGUAGAAAUUCAAGGGGAGAGUUUUACAUAG